AUCCCCCGCUGCCCUUUUUUUUCCUGGUCGGGUGCGAGGGAGCAUGCCCGCGCCUCGCCUCAGCCAGCUAAGAGUUAACCCAAAGGGCGUGGAGCUGCCCCCUUCUCGGGGGCGUGCCCCCCUCCCCCGCUAGGCGGCCCGCCUCCCGCGCUAGGGUAUGGCCCCCGGCCCCGGCCCGGGACCCGAGGUCCCGCACACAGGUCAGUGAAAGGCGUUUUCCCGUUCCCGCCCUCCUUCCCUCGCCGGCCAGCACCAUGGGAUGUAAUAUGUGCGUGGUCCAGAAACCGGAGGAGCAGUACAAAGUGAUGCUUCAGGUAAACGGGAAAGAGCUCUCCAAGCUCUCUCAGGAGCAAACCCUGGAGGCCCUGCGCUCCUCCAAGGAGCCCCUGGUGAUCCAGGUGCUGAGACGCAGUCCCCGUCUCCGGGGGGACAGCUCCUGCCAUGACCUGCAGCUGGUGGACAGUGGCACGCAGACCGACAUCACCUUCGAGCAUAUCAUGGCGCUGGGCAAGCUGCACCCGCCCACCCCACCUGUGGUCAUCCUGGAGCCGUAUGUCCUGUCUGAGCUCCCCCCCAUCAGCCAUGAGUAUUAUGACCCGGCGGAGUUCAUGGAGGGCGGCCCACAGGAGGCAGACCGUAUGGACGAGCUGGAGUAUGAGGAGGUGGAGCUAUAUAAAACCAGCCACCGGGACAAGCUGGGCCUGAUGGUUUGCUACCGCACUGAUGAUGAGGAGGACCUGGGCAUCUACGUUGGGGAGGUGAAUCCCAACAGCAUUGCAGCCAAAGAUGGCCGGAUCCGCGAGGGAGACCGAAUCAUCCAGAUAAAUGGUGUGGACGUCCAGAACCGGGAAGAAGCAGUGGCCAUCCUGAGCCAGGAGGAGAACACCAACAUCUCCCUGCUGGUGGCCCGGCCUGAGAGUCAGCUGGCCAAGCGGUGGAAGGACAGUGACCGGGAUGACUUCCUGGAUGACUUUGGCUCUGAGAAUGAGGGGGAUUUGCGUGGGCGGAAGCUGAAGUCCCCCCCUGCCCAGCAGCUUGGAAACGAAGAGGAGAAAGGAGCUCCUGAUGUGGGACCAGGCCUGAGCAACAGCCAAGAGUUGGACAGCGGGGUGGGCCGGACUGACGAGAGCACCCGCAAUGAGGAGAGCUCGGAACACGACCUGCUGGGGGACGAGCCCCUGAGCACCACCAACACGCCCGGGCCCCUGCGCAAGUUCAGCCUGCAAGGGGACGCCCUGCAGAGCCGCGACUUCCACUUCAGCAUGGACUCCCUGCUGGCCGAUGGGGCAGGGCUGGGGAGCGGCGGUGGCGACGUCCCGGGCCUCACUGAUGAAGAGUACGAGCGCUACCGCGAGUUACUGGAAAUCAAGUGCCACCUGGAGAACGGCAACCCGCUGGGCCUCCUCUUCCCUCGGGCCUCGGGCGGCCAUGGUGCCCUGGACGUCAACCGCAACGAGAGCGUGGGCCACGAGAUGGCCGUGCUGGAGGAGGAGCUGCGGCACCUGGAGUUCAAGUGCCGCAACAUCCUGCGGGCGCAGAAGAUGCAGCAGCUGCGGGAGCGCUGCAUGAAGGCCUGGCUGCUGGAGGAGGAGAGCCUCUACGACCUGGGGGCCAGCGAGCCCAAGAAGCACGAGCUGUCUGACAUCUCUGAGCUGCCCGAGAAGUCGGACAAGGACAGCACUAGCGCCUACAACACGGGGGAGAGCUGCCGCAGCACCCCAUUGCUCACGGAGCCCCUGCUGGAGAGCCCUCUGAGGCGGGCCACGGCUGGAAACUCCAACUUGAACCGGACCCCCUCCGGACCCCCUAUCACCACCCACCCCAAGGCCGCGCCCCCGCAGGGGAGUCCCACCAAGUUCCGCUCCCUCUCCCGGGAUCCUGAGGUGGGCCGGAGGCAGCAUGCAGAAGAGCGUGUCCGUCGCAGCCCCAAGGCUGGGGUGCCCCUGGAGCGGGCGGGCCCCGAAGGCAGCCCUUACCUCUCUCGGCGUCACCGUGCCCAGGGCCAGGAGGGUGAGCACUACCACAGCUGCAUGCAACUGGCCCCGCCUCGUGGCCUGGAGGAGCUGGGCCACGGCCCCUUGAGUUUGGCUGCUGGCCCCCGGGUGGGCGGGGCGGCGGCCACAGUCCCAGAUGCGCCCCGCAUGGAGUGGAAGGUCAAAGUGCGCAGCGAUGGGACCCGCUACGUAGCCAAGCGACCGGUGCGCGACCGCCUCCUGAAAGCCCGGGCCCUGAAGAUCCGGGAGGAGCGCAGCGGUAUGACCACCGACGACGACGCGGUGAGCGAGAUGAAGAUGGGCCGCUAUUGGAGCAAGGAGGAGCGGAAGCAGCACCUGAUCCGGGCCCGGGAGCAGCGGAAGCGGCGCGAGUUCAUGAUGCAGAGCCGGCUGGAGUGCCUGAGGGAGCAGCAGAAUGGCGAAAGCAAGGCUGAGCUCAACAUCAUUGCCUUGAGCCACCGCAAAACCAUGAAGAAGCGGAACAAGAAGAUCCUGGACAACUGGAUCACCAUCCAGGAGAUGCUGGCCCACGGCACUCGCUCGGCUGACGGCACGCGGGUCUACAACCCACUCCUCUCUGUCACCACCGUCUGAGCACAGCUGUGCUCCAGGGCAUGGGUCCUUGGCCCUGACCCAGGUCCAGAGAGCCUCCCAGGACCCCGCCUCCCGCUCUCCCUGAGUCCAUUGCGUGUCUGUGUGUGUACACAGGACUUGUUACCAGAUGGAAGCCCCCGCAGAGAAGGGAUGCUUCACUCCAUUGGCUGCUUCCUUUUCCCCAAGUACAGCGACCCCAUCAACAGCUGGCACUUGGGCAGGCCUGUAUUGGGUGGGCCCCCCUUCAGCUGUGGGUGCACGCACUUGUGACAGGCGCCCAGACACGUGCACACAAGCAUGCACACACGCACACCCCUCCAGGGCGCUCUCAGCGUGGGUUCUUGAGGACAGAGAAGCUGAAAAGGAGAGGCGACCAAGAUUCCUAAGCACAAGGGAAUGUCCGGUUCCUCUCCCCCUAUUGGGAGCCUCCAUUAUUUGCAAAGGCAACCCCGAUUUUUGUGGUUUUUCUCCCUUUUUGUGCUUGCCAAUUGUUGGGUUUUUUGGUUUUGUUUGUUUUGUGGACCUGCUCUUGGGGCUGGCAGCUCCUUCAGGCAGACUGACAAAGGUGGAAUCCCCAAGUGAUGGCUGGGAAGGAGGGGGGUGGGAGGAAGGAAAAGAGGGAGGGUGGGGCGGGUGGGAAGGUGGGCGAAAUGAAGGCAGGAAUGGGAAGCAGCUUUCCAGGUAGCCUCCACUCUGAGAUGUGGGGACGGGGCUGGCUAGGCCCACUCUGGAGGUCACCUCCUUCCCCGGUGACUGAGGGAGAGGAGAGACUGCGGGGGCUGAUAGGCAGAGUCCAUCUAAGAAGAAGUAAGUGAGCCCAGUGCUGUACCUGACUCCAGCUCGGCCCCUCUCCCAAGUGGCCUGAGGGGCAGGCUGAGACAGUGAGGGAUCCAGAAACCAAGCCCCAGGAGUAACAGCAGACCUUGGGGACAAGACCCACGUGGAACUAGGGAGUGGCCUAGACUGACUGGGAAGAUGCCCUACGCCUCAAAUCUGCAAGUGGACCAGCCAGCCCUCAGGCACCUGUGCAUUUAGUGAGAGCUGGCCUUGGGGGCCUUUCGGCUCAAAGAGCCUCAGGUUGGAGGCAGACAGGCUGCCCACCCCUACCCACUACUGGCAUUGUGAGAAUAAAGCAAGCUGCCUUUGAGGGUGA